GAACACUAAAGAAUAGAUCAUAGACAUAUUCUUCUUUUGAAUAUCAGUAGAGCAAAAAAGUUUGUUCGUGCUGAAUGAGAUUACGCUAUCAUUUGUUGCGUUGGUUUAUCCUCAUAAGUUUUAUUUAAACGACAUCACUCUCUUUAUUGAGGUUUGAAAUUUACAUCUAAGAGACCCUGAGCAGCGUCAGCGCGCUGUUUAUAAUUACACCGCUUCACGUGUUGUUAUUAAUUUUCGGUGGAUUUCUAACGUCGUAUCUUCAGGUACCUGUCACUGUUGGUUCAUAAUUGUUUGUUUGAAAGUGGUUAACAUAAAACGGAGUUUCAAUGUUACUUGCUUACAGUGUCUAAGGGUUUCUCAAACGUUUUUGGCCUUAAAUCUCAACCACAGAUUAAUAAAAGUGAUGCUGUCAUCCACUCGCCGCUGGUCUGAAAAGUUUGUUAUCAAGCAUCCCUGGCACGAUGUUGUCAGUUCUGUACAAUUUAAAUAUCCUAAUCCCUAUAACCCGAAUGUGUUAAAUAUAGAUGUUCUUAAUCGGUACGUAGAUCCGUCAAGCGGCAUAAUGCACAGCUGCAAAUUGAUCAACUCCUCAUGGCCAAUGUUUCACAUGGGUCACCUCAGAGCCUUGGAAUACAGCUGUGUCCAUGUUCCAGAGAAACGGAUGAUAUCUAAAACCAUAAACAUCGAUCUUCAGGGUGUCCUCGAUGGUUUAGAACAAAUAGAGUAUACUGUACACCCAGAAAAUAAAGACUGGACUGUAUUGGAACACUCAAUUUCAGUGGAAGCAUUUUCCCUUAUUGCGAUGUCAGCAAUAAGUAUGUGCAAACAAACUGCAUAUCAGGGUCGAGAAGCUCUAGACUGGGUUAUCAGCCAUCGGCUUCCGACUAUUCAAUCAUCCCGUAGCAGUCAGUAUCAUGAUUCGAUUCCCGCUGAUAGCACUGAUUCGUCCUAUUCAGAUUCCUUAUCAUCAACAUCAUCAUCAAACUUAUUUGCUGCUGGACAUUCGGACUCACCUGUUCAAAAAUGGGAACAAGUUACAGCAAGUUCACCAUCCACCAAAUCUUGUGCUUCAUCAUUCUUCACUGAAAUUUCCAGACAAAACGCAACCAGUACAAAGUUUGCUCAAGAUAUUCCUCUGUUACCUCAACCCGAAUCUUUGGGAUCGAGAUUAGAAACAUUUUCCCGUGAUGUAUCAGUUAUUACUGAUAAUUUGGUUAAACGUUCACAACGUGUAGCACAUCUUUUCUCUCGAAUUGAUGAGUAUGUAGUUAUUCUUUAAAUGAAAUUUCUAGUGUAUCUUUCUUAUAUUUCUAACUACUUUCUAUAUACCUCUAUACUUUCAGUUAUUAUUUUUGUGUGUGUGUAGAACAAACAAUAGUAUUCUAAUCGCAUUUCACCUCUUAACACACCGUGUUCAUAUGACCAUAAUGAUCUCCAUCUGUUUCAAUUGAAGGAGAAUUUUGCUGCUUGUUAUUUUAUCUUGAUGGAUAGAAGGUUUGGUUUCACCUGAAGAAAAUUGCUGUACACAGAUUUCAGCGUAUGUGAUAAUUGAAGCUAUGAAUUCAUAUUUCCCUGUCAGCUGAAUUAUUUGGAAUAGUUUCAGUUCCAUUAAUGGUUAAUUCAUGCAAGUUCUGAGUUUAAAUUGUACCUCCCCCCCCUCCGCUUCGCCUACUUUGGCUAAAGCGACAAGAUAAUAUUACAAGAUCUUUUCGUACAUAGUCUACAAUGUAGUAAUUCUGUACCGGUUAAUUGAUUUGAAUUGAUUCAA